AUGGCAGACGCCGAGCCCCUCUACGUCUACAAGCUGAUUCCGUCGACGUCUCCGGUACGGGAACCUCUCCCCGAUCGGCUGCCGGUUAGCGAGCUGGAUGAGAAAUCGGGCUUCGUACACCUCUCUACAGCAUUCCAAGUACCGAAUACCCUCAAGAUGUUCUUUAAAGACGAGCCGCUGGUCUACGUGCUCCGGAUUCCCUAUGAGGGCAUAGCCGGCCAGGUCCGGUGGGAGAAUCCUGACGGGACAGUCUGCGGACCGCGACCGAAAGAGGGCUUGUUCCCGCAUCUGUACAAUGAUCUCAAGUUGGGCAAGGACGAGGUAGAGACUAUUGCUAUCUGGAAGAAUGAUGAGGGCUGGGAUAAAGCCCUCCUGCAGGCGAAGCCAUGGCUGUUGUAUUGA